GCAAGGAAGCAACAAAUACGUAGAAAUACACACUAGCUGCGGGCGGUGUAGUUUUCAUAUUUGCUGUGGUUUUGUUUAUCGGUUAAUUUAGUUUGUGAAAAACGAUGAGAUCGAAAGAUCGCAACCGGGAUCGCGAGGCUGGAAAGUCGCGUGGCAGAAGCCGUGAGAAGGAUCGUGAAAAACGAAGUGAGCGGGAAACGAAAGAGCGCAACAAUGGCGGUGCUAAGGAACGGCACCGGAGCACCGAACGGAGUCGCGAAGGACGACGCAGCAGCAAGGAACGUUACCGACGACAUAGUCGAACACGUGAGGACAGCCGCGAUCACGAGCACAGUCGACGUGAGCAUCGGGAGCGCAAAAGCAGAAGCCGCAGUCGCGACCGAAAGCAUCGUGGUCAUGAUAAGGAACGUCGCCGCUCCUGGGAGCGUCACGACAGUGACUCGAGCCGUAUGGAGGAGGUGCCGGGCACCGACUUGAGAGAAUAUGAGUACAGGGGUAUGGAGUACACACAGAGUGUGCUCGAUUCAAUUUUUUCGACGGCAGCUACGUCGGAUAAUUACGCCCAAUUGCUUAACACUUAUAGCCAACAGCAACAAAUUCAACAGCAACAGCAGCAGAUACAGGCACAGCAGGCACUCCUAGAGCAGCAUAACGAAAAUAGCUGUUCAUCAAUCGGAUCCAGAGGAGAAAUGUAUGGUGGACUGGGAACUAAUGGUCACAGCAGUGGAGGAGAAGGCGAGCUAUCGCGCAAGCGGCGCAAAAAGUCACGUUGGGCCGGUGGGGACCAAGAAAAGACUUUCAUUCCUGGAAUGCCCACCAUCAUACCACCAACAUUAACACCCAACCAACAGGAAGCAUAUCUGGUGCAAAUCCAGAUCGAAGAAAUCAGCCGCAAGCUACGGACGGGCGAUCUAAUGAUACCACAGAAUCCAGAAGAAAGAUCUCCAUCCCCAGAACCGAUAUACAGCAGCGAUGGUAAGCGGUUGAAUACGCGCGAGUUUCGCACUCGCAAAAAGCUGGAAGAGCAGCGCCACCAGCUCAUCCAGCGCAUGCAAUCGAUCAACCCCGACUUCAAGCCCCCGUCCGACUAUAAGCCACCUGUGAUUCGUGUAAGUGACAAGGUGCUGAUACCGCAGGAGGAGCAUCCGGAUAUCAACUUCGUCGGGCUGCUGAUUGGUCCGCGUGGCAACACACUGAAGGCAAUGGAAAAGGACACGGGUGCGAAAAUUAUUAUCCGCGGCAAAGGUUCGGUGAAGGAGGGUAAGGUGGGCCGAAAAGACGGGCAGCCAUUGCCCGGCGAGGAUGAACCGCUUCACGCGUUCAUAACAGCCAGUAACCCGGAGGCAGUGAAGAAGGCGGUCGAUCGCAUCAAGGACGUAAUCCGGCAGGGUAUUGAAGUACCAGAGGGUCAUAACGAUUUGCGCCGCAUGCAGUUGCGUGAGCUGGCGCAGCUCAACGGAACGCUGCGUGAGACUGAUGGGCCGCGCUGUAACAACUGUGGCUCGAACGAGCACAAAAGCUGGCUGUGUCCGGAUAAGCCAAACAUUACUAACAACAUUAUGUGUUCGGCAUGCGGUGGCACCGGGCAUAUUGCUCGCGACUGUCGUAGCAAGCGCCCGGGACACGGUGGGCCGCCAGCCCCCGGUAACCAACUCGCGACGAAGAUCGACGAAGAGUACAUGAGCCUGAUGGCGGAACUGGGCGAAGCGCCUCCACAUGACAGUCACGGACAUGGCGGCGGUGGAGGCCGCGGUUCGUACAAUUUGUUCGAAUCGCGUUCGGUCCCACGCCCGCUUAUGGGCAGCUCGCACCAUAGCUCUUCCCUGCUCGGGAGCGGCUCGGGUAAAGGUGGCGGCGGGGGACACAGCACCAAUGGUAUGUGGUCUCAUAGUGCGAAAAUAUCGCCGUCGACGCCGACUGCCUCCUUGCCAGCGCCGCCUCUUCCGCCGCCGUCUAGUGCGGUUCCUUCUUUAAUGCAAUGGCCGAUAUCGGAUGGCCGAUCCGUGCCGACCGCUGACACUUCAUCCUACGGACAGUCACCAGUCGGUGUUUCGGCACGUUCAUACGCCACAUAUGGGACGGCUGCAGCAACAACCGGUGGUGCUGUUGCUGGGUGGGUGUCAGCGGACGCUGGUGUCCGCGGAGUUGGGGCCUCACUGCUUGGUUCGGUCUGGCCACAAGCUUCCGGCGCCAAUGUAAUCCCUCCACCGCCGUCAACGUCUAGUGCUCCAUCUCACCUCUUUGCUCCGCCUCCUCCGCCUCCUUGUUAAAUCCACAGGACAAGGGGCGCCGGCUAGAGGCUUUCUAGGCUGGUGGAUGCCGGAAGCCUUUUUAUGGGUUGAUUUCUCUUUGUAAUGUUAAAUCUAAAUAUUUUCUUGCAGCUCGUCCGUAGACCAUCCGUCUCCGCUGCAUCGAUUUUUUUUAUUUUGUAACUUUAUACAACUAUCUGAUUGAUAAAAGAAUGAUAAUUUUUUGGCCAAAUCAAAAGUUAGUCUACACUUACAAAGUACAGCUCAGUUUGCAUGUACCGUCUGUUGUAGAGCUAAGCGAAACAUUAUGGGCUAUGAAGCGUGUUGUAAAUACUUUUCCAUUGGACAAUUAUUGUUCGAUGGUUCGUUGCAAAUCGAGUGACACUCAGAUAACGAUACCAAUGACCCUAGUGUGUUAGUUAGUGUAGGUAGCGGAGCGGAUUGAAAAAAAAAAACAAGAAAUUUAAUUACAUUUACCCCUUUUUUCACAGUAUCUCGCAAAUGUUUGAACUUAUUCUCAUCUCCUUGAAGCAAAUGAAAAUGAGAACAAUUUUAAUUUAAA